CAGUGCCACUCCUGCCACGCGCACGCCUGCAGAAAGAAAGAUGCCUCUCUCCAGCAGCUCCACGUCCUCCUCAAAGAGCAUACGCAGAGCGGCGUCCGAGCUGGAGAGGUCCGACUCCGUCACGUCUCAGAGGUUCCUGGGGAGACGCCAGAGCUUGAUCGAGGAUGCGCGGAAGGAGCGCGAGGCGGCGGCCGCGGCGGCGGAGGCGGCUGAGGCCAGCGAGCAGAUCGUGUUCGAGGAGGACGACGGGAAAGCGCUGCUCAACAUCUUCUUCACCCUGAGAAACACCAAGACGCCGGCGCUGUCCAGGACACUCAAAGUAUUCGAGACUUUCGAAGCCAAGAUCCAUCACUUGGAGACUCGACCAUGCCGAAAGCUGAAGGACAACCUGGAGGGUCUGGAGUACUUUGUGCGCUGCGAGGUGCACCUGUCGGACGUCAGCACCCUUAUCGGCUCCAUCAAGAGGAAUGCGGAGGACGUCAAAACCACCAAAGAAGUCAAAUUUCACUGGUUUCCAAAGAGGAUUGCAGAUCUGGACAGAUGCCACCAUCUGGUCACCAAAUUUGAUCCUGACUUGGAUCAAGACCAUCCUGGCUUCACCGACCCCGUCUACAGACAGAGGAGGAAAAUGAUUGGAGACAUUGCCUUCAGAUACAGACAUGGGCAGCUGAUUCCCAGAGUGGAAUACACAGAAGAGGAGAUCGGCACAUGGAGGGAGGUGUAUUCAACUCUGAGGGACUUGUACACCAGCCACGCCUGCAGUGAAUACCUGGAGGCCUUCCGCCUGCUGGAAAGGCAUUGUGGGUACAGUGCGGACAACAUCCCUCAGCUGGAGGACGUGUCCCGCUUCCUGAAAGAGCGCACGGGCUUCCAGCUGCGUCCCGUGGCCGGGCUGCUCUCCGCCAGAGACUUUCUGGCCAGUUUGGCCUUCAGGGUGUUUCAGUGCACCCAGUACAUCCGACACGCCUCCUCCCCCAUGCACUCGCCAGAGCCUGACUGUGUCCACGAGCUGCUGGGCCACGUCCCCAUGCUGGCCGAUCGCACCUUUGCCCAGUUUUCACAGAACCUUGGUCUGGCAUCGCUGGGGGCCUCUGAUGAAGACAUUGAGAAACUGUCCACACUCUACUGGUUCACGGUGGAGUACGGCUUAUGCAAACAGAACGGUGAGGUGAGGGCCUACGGGGCCGGACUGCUCUCCUCCUACGGAGAACUGGUGCACUCUCUGUCGGACGAGCCGGAGACGAGGGAGUUCGACCCGGAGGCCGCCGCAGUGCAGCCUUAUCAGGACCAAGACUAUCAGCCCGUCUACUUUGUUUCUGAGAGCUUCACGGAUGCGAAGGAGAAAUUCAGGACAUACGUAGCCGGCAUCAAGCGCCCCUUCUCGGUCAAGUACGACCCCUACACCAGCAGCGUGGAAGUGCUGGACAACCCGCUGAAGAUCCAGGGAGGCCUGGAAGGCGUGAAGGACGAGCUGAAGGCGCUGACGGACGCCCUGAGCGUCCUGUCGUGAUGACGCCCUCUGUCCGCCGUCGCUUGCUUCCCGUCCGCUGAGUGUUCAUCUCUCUGUGCUGUACCUCCAGCUUGACGCUGAGUCCAUGCUUGUUGUGGCUGGCUGCGACCGUCAAAAACCUCAAAAUGCAGCGACGUUUCCAAAGAUGUUUGACACCUGGCUGGGUGUGAAUUCAUUUGUGUGAAAAGACGGGGUUUUCCUGACUGGGCCAUUCAUGCUUUUAAAGCUAAACUGUGCUUUCUGAGAAAUAUGUCAAAAGAUGGAACCAAAUCUCAAGUGAAUGUAAUCAAAGAAGUGUCAUGAGUACGAUAUAAUGAAUUUAGAAAGAAAGAAAUAUCAUAGUAUAAUAAAAUUACCUGCUCUAUUGAAAGCUUUAUUUUCCAGAUGUGUGAAUUCAGUUUA